CGUACUAACACUACAUUGGGCAACUUUGCACCGCCACAACCUAUCGACAGAUCUGAAUUCCUGAAACCCAUUUUUUGGAUCAUCAUGCCACUUAUAAAGGCUAUCCAGCGUGCAAUGAACAAGAUCGCCCCAACAUCUCUAGCAGAGUCAUGGGACAAUGUCGGACUACUACUGGAAGCUCCCAAAUCAUGGCAUGAACCCACACAGAUCUUGUUGACGAUUGAUCUGACUCCAUCCGUCCUUCAUGAAGCUCUGUCAUCUCCUCUACCAACGAGCUGUAUCAUCUCAUAUCAUCCUCCAAUCUUCAAACCUAUAUCCUCCUUCACCCUCUCCAACCCUUUGCAAUCCUCCCUUCUCCAGUGCGCUGCGGCUGGGAUAUCCGUGUACUCACCUCACACAGCACUCGACUCCGUCCACGGCGGCAUUCAUGACUGGCUGGCAUCAGGGGUGCUCAAUUCGGACGAAGGAGUCGUGAAAAUUCUGGGAAAAAAGACCGAGGGACCCGUUGCUGACACUGCAAACCCUUUGGAUGGGCUUGGUCGCGUUGUCGAGUUCACGAAGCCUGCGAACGGCAUCACGAUAGAGUCACUCGUGAAUCGCAUCAAACAAUGCUUGAAGCUAAAGCAAGGUCUGUAGUCAAUAACAAACCUGUCCGCAGAAGGGCUACCCAAAGGUUCCACAGUUCAAGUGGCAUCGCCCGAUCUCACCCUGUUGAAUAUCGAUAAACACAUCCCGAUUAAAACCGUGGCUCUCUGCGCUGGCUCAGGGGCGUCUGUACUAAACAAUGUUGAUGCCGAUGCGUACUUCACGGGAGAGAUGC